AUGGCUCCAGCGCAGCAGUGGAUCAGUUCAUCUAAGGUGAUCCAUGUUCCGAGUGGGUACCCGGAUCCCUAUCUGCGUGUCUGCUCCUGUUUGAGCUGUGGUACCAGCCCGCAGCCGGAUCAGCUGCUGAAGUGCCCGGCAGUGACGGCUCUGGAGAGUAUGCUAGUCGUCACAACCGGCCGUGCAAAGAAGUCAAGGACAGAGGGGGAUCAGGCGACUGCAACGACAGACGAGGAUGACAAGCAGCUCAAGGACAGCGAAGCCGUGGCCGACGAGGAUCCAGAUGACGCGGAGGCUGCCAAGUUCAAGUUCCUACGCAAAACGUGGCAGAAUGGCGUAGCUCCCGAAUUCCUCAUGCAGCUCUUGGCCGUUGUCCCCGCGCACGUGGAAGCGAUCAUCUUGCCGUUCCCGCUGCCCUUUGCCACAGGGAUCAUGAAGGGAGUCCUGGAAUGGAACCGCGUCUACGGCAAGCUUCGGGCGUAUGAGCUGCAGUUAAUGAUGAAAGUUGCGCCCAAGGGCAUCACGGCCGAAGGCGGCGUCAGCAACAUGGACAUCAGGCACAACUUCGCCCUUGCCGUGGAGGUGGUCAAGACUGACAUGAGCACCGUUGCAGACGCUACUGUCGUCAGCCGCGGAACGCAGAGUCAGAAGCGCCCUCGCCAAAGCCCUCGGAAGCUCAAACUAGAAAGAGAUGGCAACGAAGAGGGAGGGCCAGACAAAAAUCCUGUUCAUGAAGAUGAUGCUGGCGAUGAAGAUGGCGAGGAGCUUGACCUGGCGGGCGAGUUAUCAAUGACUGAGCAUGGUUAUCAGGGUUGCAUCACAGUGGGUGCUGCCCUUUGCAGCAAGGAGCUUGCCAGCGUAGCCCAGGCCGACUCUGACGAAGAAAGUCCUGAGCAAAAUGUUAUGAGCAAGGAGAGAAUGGUGAUUUCUCGUCGCAACUUCUUGGCCAUGUCGAAACACAAAGUACAAGUGGCACCGACAUCGGCAACGUCGGCCCCGACAGUGGUGGGUGUGGGACUGCAUGCGCAAAAGCAGUUGAAAAAAGAUACACUCAUAGCGUGCAAAGGGCCGCUCGCCUUGACAAUGUCCUCGUGGUUUUUAGUUUUUGCUGCUUCCGUGUGGUUUCUGCCAGUAAUUAGCUCCAAGCUCAGGCCGUGGUUUGACUCAUUGCAUGACGCUCGCGCCUUUGCCACGGAGGUCGACUGUCAGCAGCGUAUUUGCAGAGUUCGCAUUCAGGAUGAGUCUGAGAUGGUUGAGAUGGAUGACGAGGACGAGGAGAAUCCUCGCCAGGGUGGCAAGUGCAAGUUCAUCGUGCUCACAGGCAUAGCGGGUUUCGUGAAUCACUUCGACGGCCUCGGCCUCGUGCCAAACGCACAGCUGGUUCUGAACCCAUCCGCAGGACUGGGAUCCCACUUGCUUCAGCUGAAAAUCUUGAAGCAAAUUCCGCGCAACACUGAGAUUUUGAUUGACUACGGCACGGAGAUGCAGCUUCCACGUCUUCCUCCUCUUCCACCUCCAGCUCCAAAGGUGAAAAGGAAGGCCAGAGCAAAGAAGCCGCCGACGCCGCGGAAAAAUGCGGCGAAAACCGAGGGGGGGGAUGAGGCAAAGCCGGAGUUGGAGAAGAAAGAGAAGACGGAAGAGAAGAGUGAGGAGGAAGAGCCGGAGCCAGACGAGGAGGAGGAGAACGAGAAGGACAUGAACGAUGACGAGGCCAACGGACGGGACAUGGAGGAGUGA